GCUGCCUGGUUACAGUCCUGGGAAAGAAAACCCCUGCAUUCCUCCCCUUUAAGUGGGUUUAUUGUUGAAGCACUGGGGCAGCUAAUGCUCACAGACCUGUAGGAGCAGGCUUGCUGGCCGAGACAGCUGAUCAGAGCACCUUUCUGUGAGUCCCUGGCCCCUGUCAAUCUCUCCUGGCUCCUAUGGUCUCAAGGGGUGGCUCUGUGGAGUGCUCAGAGUAGGUUUGGAUUCACCACCUACCCUCGACAGCCUAGCCCCCUCUCUCCACGUAAGUUUGACGCACAGCAUUAACCCUGAGACUAGUGGAGAGUGCCUGCAGCGUGAGCCUGGCCAGCCUUCUUCUGUCUGGAAACAGAAAACUGAUCAUGAGGAACAUCUCUGAGUCGGGUCAAGAGGGUCAAGCAGCUUCCAUCUCGGUAUGGAUGAGCCCCAGCCAAGUGCCUGAUUGUGCACAGAGGAGUCACCUCACACAUGAGUGUGAGGCAUGCCAUCAGUGUGUGACACAGAUGACAACGGUCAUCAACUCCUCAGGACAAAGCAUGCCCUAUGGAGAAGCACGCCCAGGCUUGUUUUCCUCCCUGUCGAGAGAAGCCUGACUUCUCAGCUGAAGACCGUGUGAGCUUCCCAGGCAGCGUCAACUCUGGAGGGGAUGGGGAUAAAGGAGGAGGAGGACUGCAGCUCUUGGAAGAAACAGACCACCAACAUCAGGAAAACCUUCAUCUUCAUGGAAGUGCUGGGCUCAGGAGCUUUCUCAGAGGUGUUCCUGGUGAAGCAAAGGGUGACUGGGAAACUCUUUGCCCUGAAGUGCAUCAAGAAGACACCAGCCUUCCGAGACAGUAGCCUAGAGAACGAGAUUGCUGUGCUGAAAAGGAUCAAGCAUGAGAACAUUGUGACCCUGGAGGACAUCUAUGAGAGCACCACUCACUACUACCUGGUCAUGCAGCUUGUUUCUGGAGGUGAGCUUUUUGACCGGAUCCUAGAGCGUGGUGUUUACACAGAGAAGGAUGCUAGCCUGGUCAUCCAGCAGGUCUUGUCUGCAGUGAAAUACCUCCAUGAGAAUGGCAUCGUCCACAGAGACCUAAAGCCUGAAAACCUGCUGUACCUCACCCCUGAGGAGAACUCCAAGAUCAUGAUCACCGACUUUGGUCUGUCCAAGAUGGAGCAGAAUGGAGUAAUGUCCACAGCCUGUGGGACUCCAGGCUACGUGGCUCCAGAAGUGCUGGCCCAGAAGCCCUACAGCAAGGCUGUGGACUGCUGGUCCAUCGGUGUCAUCACAUACAUACUGCUGUGUGGGUAUCCCCCUUUCUAUGAAGAAACGGAAUCAAAGCUUUUUGAGAAGAUCAAAGAGGGCUACUAUGAGUUUGAGUCUCCAUUCUGGGAUGAUAUUUCUGAGUCAGCCAAAGACUUUAUUUGCCAUCUGCUGGAGAAGGACCCGAAUGAACGGUACACCUGUGAGAAGGCCCUCAGACACCCCUGGAUUGAUGGGAACACGGCCCUGCACCGGGACAUCUACCCAUCUGUCAGCCUCCAGAUUCAGAAGAACUUUGCCAAGAGCAAGUGGAGGCAAGCCUUCAACGCGGCCGCCGUGGUGCAUCACAUGAGGAAACUGCACAUGAACCUGCACAGCCCCAGUGUCCGCCAAGAGGUGGAGAACAGGCCGCCUGUGUCCCCAGCCCCAGAAGUCCCCAGACACGGCUCCCAUGACAGCACCAUCACAGAGGCCCCCAUCCUGGACCCAGGCACGCCCCUCCCUGCACUGACCCCACUGCCCUGCCCACACAGCUCCCGGCCUUCCGCUCCUGGAGGCCGCUCGCUCAACUGCCUGGUCAACGGCUCUCUGCGCAUCAGCAGUAGCCUGGUACCCAUGCAACAGGGGCCCCUGGCCACCGGGCCCUGUGGCUGCUGCUCCAGCUGUCUAAAUAUCGGGAACAAGGGGAAGUCUUCCUAUUGCUCCGAGCCCACCCUCUUCAGAAAGGCCAACAAAAAACAGAACUUCAAGUCUGAAGUCAUGGUACCAGUGAAAGCAGGUGGCAGCUCCCACUGCCGGGCGGGACAGACUGGGGUGUGUCUCCUUAUGUGAUCCCGGGAGCUCCUGCGGUUUUCAGGAGACAUGCCUGGCUCUCCUCUGCCUCUCCAAGCACCUGCCCUGCAGAGGGGAGGAGCCACAGAGCAGGGCUGGCAGAGGCAGCAUCUGGCCUGAAGCAGUCCGGCUGUUGCGGCCUGGGGUGAACACUCGCAGGACGCUCAGAGGAGUCCGGAGCCUGGAUGUUCCCUGAGGCCACUGGCAGGAUGAGUGGCAUCUCAGCCUCCACAUCUCCCAGCCUGCCCAUUCCAUUCCCCCCAUCCCCUAUGUGCGUGGCUGUGUGCCGGUUCCAUAGUGCUCACCCGGGUCCGUGCUGUUUGUUGUGAAAGCUUUAUGGGCUGGCCAGGCUGUGCCACGUUCCUCAGCAAAGCCAUAUGGAGUCUAACUCCGACUCCCUGCUCUACACACUCGCGCCCACCUCUCUGGCCUCAUGGCCAAAUGAGCCUCAUUAUCAUAGUACCUGCCUGUUCGCAUGACUACCAGGCUGUUCCCCUGAGGCCUGGGAGCACUCACAACUCUAAAGCUUCCCUCCACGGUUAGCUUCCCACCACAGAGACCCCAAACACGCCAAAGUUCGCCCCACCUCUGCCUCACAGCAAUUCCCCCUCCUCCAUGGCGGAAUGGAGAUGAUGGACUCUGAGCACUCCUCCCAGCCACACACCUCACAUACCCUUGAUUAAGGAUUUGCAGAGUUGUUUUCAUGUCGGCCAGGUCUCCUUCCUCAGGCCCCCUGUCCCCUGAAAGCCAGGUGCAUUGUCUGUCUCUCUGUGUUUUGCCCUCACUCCCUCAAGCUUCGCGCUCCACCUUGUACUCAGAUAAAAUGGAAAUAUUUUUCUCUA